AGUGUGUUGUGGCGAACGAUCUUCCGUAUAGUCUCUUUUGUACUUUUUGUACGUUUUACCGUCCAUUGCUUGCCAGCAACGUUUGUGUUUUCCGCUCCCAAAUGACGUCCUUCGCCGACUAUUUGGGAGUGAACGGAACGACAUGUACUCUAAAAAUUGGCGAAUCUUUUAAAUGGAAAGAAACUCCGUACCACUCCAUACGAUGUGAUUUUAAGCCUGCGAAUGUGGAUAUGGAUCAAGUUGCUACUCUGGAAGUUGGAGACAGCAACGACGUGUCCUUGUCAGUGCCUUUAGAAGGAGAUGCCAGCACGAAUUUCCAAGGUUCACAAAAAUGCCACGGCAAAGAAUGCGUCCUUAUUUUUGAUCACGCUACUGGAGAAAUAACGCUAGAACGUCUCGGAAGUCAGAUUCAACUGAAAAAGACUAGAACGAACGGCAUGUCUAAGUUCAACCGUGGACCCUUUCCGUUUGACAAAAAGAAGCUGUCUCCUAUGAAUGGUUGUGGGACUCCCACGAGAAAUGCACCAACUCCAGAUAUUUCCGCCAAGAAGAAUGGUAUUCAUAAUCACAUGCCAAUGCUCGAAAGUCAAGACGAAGAUUCGGAUGACAGCCUUGGUUUAAUACCACCGAAGGCUGCUUCACCGCUUGCGCCUGCCCGCAGUCCAUCCCUGAAGUCUGAAUCUUCUGCAUCUGAAUCAAGCUCAAGCUCAUCUAGCAGUGACAAUUCUAGUGACGAGGAAGACGAAAGGCCUCCCCCGCGUGCUCCCCAGCUACACAAUAUGCCUGUGAUUGACGGUGGGUGUGCUCUUUUCCUGCACUACAUCCAGUUGUUCGAUGAGAAGAUGUUGAAACUAUUGCUGCUGUGUAUUGCGUUGAAACUGGUCGUGGGUUUCGACGAAUUUCCGGGCAAUAAACGCGCCCCGGUUCCUCGAAAAAAUGUGGGAAUUAAACCUUCGAAAUCGUUGAAGGAAUCCAGUUCGGAUAUGACUGGGUACGUGUACUUGGAGAAUGAUGCCUUCGUGAUCCGAGAAAAGCGGACGAAUGAUACUUGGGUGGCGAAAGGGAACUGGACUAUGCGGCUGAAUGAAACCGGAUGGUCAUUCCUGGAAGUCCAAACGAACCCCAAGUAUCCGGAUAUGAAUCAGUCUUUCGCUGCUGGAAUGAUCGAAGGUUACUUGUCCCAAGAAUUGAUCAGUUACUAUUAUGUCAACAUGCUGAAAGGAUUCUGCGAUGGACGUGAAAAGACCUGUGAUGGUAUCAUGGCUUACUUCGAGGAAAAUUUGCAAUUCAUUCAACACCUCGCAUCUCGUCACGCGAAAAACGAUCCCUACUGGCACCAAGUUGGGCUUCUCAUCGAACAACUCCAUGGCUUGACUGAGGGAUACAAUCAGGCCGAAAAGGAGAAUCCUGAUUUGCCUAAUUUAACUUUCUCCAAUUUUUGGUGGUUCAAUGCCUUCGGUGACCUUGAAGAUCUUACCACCGUUUUUUCCGAGGAUUCCUCGUUCAGUUCGGAUCCCGAAAAAUUUUCUCAGAAGUUGAGGGGUCUCGGGAAGUGUUCCGCAUUGAUCAAGCUUGUUAAAACGAACGAGACGACGGAUUUGCUUGCGGCGCACGUGACCUGGAACUCGUACAACAGCAUGACGAGGAUUCUGAAAAAAUAUGUUUUCCCGUUCCGAUCGACGAGCGAUCCAACUUCGCCUGUUGUUCCCGGACAUUCCAUGACCUUCUCUUCCUACCCAGGUUUGGUAUUUUCUGGAGACGAUUUCACAAUCAUUUCAUCGGGCCUGGUGACCAUUGAAACGACGAUUGGGAAUGAUAACCCCGCGCUAUGGAAAAACGUGAAAGCGAAUGGACAAGUUUUGGAGUGGAUACGUUGCAGUGUGGCCAACAGAUUGGCAGAAGAUGGGAAACACUGGUCGGUGUUAUUUCGACGAUUCAACAGCGGCACGUACAACAAUCAAUGGAUGAUUGUGGACUACAAGCUUUUCAAACCCGGUGGAUUGCUUCUCGAUAAUCUGUUGUGGGUUCUGGAACAAGUUCCCGGUGUAACCGAAGCUCGGGACAAGACGGAAGUUCUGCGAGAACAGGAGUACUGGCCAUCGUACAACAACCCAUAUUUCCCGAAAAUUUACAACGUCAGUGGUGUUCCAGCGUUGGUGGAAAAGUAUGGGGAUUGGUUUUCGUAUGACAAAACGCCGCGUGCCCUGAUUUUCAAGAGAGAUCAAGGAAAGGUUACGGACUUGGAUUCCAUGAUGAAGCUCAUGAGAUACAAUGACUACCCGAAUGAUCCGCUUUCUGCUUGCAACUGUACCCCGCCGUACUCCGCUGAGAACGCAAUUUCCGCGAGGAAUGAUUUGAAUCCGAGAAACGGAAAUUAUCCUUUCUCCGCCUUGGGUCAUCGUUGUCACGGUGGAACAGACGCGAAAGUGACCUCUUCUGCUCUAGUGACGGAUUUGCGAUUCUACGCUGUGUCUGGUCCUACUGCGAAUCCGUUGCCGGCAUUCCAGUGGUCGAAGACAGACUUCAAUGAUUCCCACGUUGGCCAUCCUGACCUGUGGAAUUUUGAUCCAAUGCUUCACAAUUGGAAGUGGCGUUGGAAUGGACGCAUUCGUUAAAUGCGAGAUGGAUCGAAGAAGUGGAAUAUUGGUGCCACCUCUGUAGGUGUCCAAAGGUUGAACUGGAGCCAAACGACCGCCUGGAAAAGUUGCAAUGCGACUCUCGCACGAAUAAUUUCCCCAGUUCCGAUAGUGGAGAGGAAAAAGCUAAGUUCAAAGGACUUAUGGUUUUCUAGAUUCAUUACCUGCUUUUUAUACCGUGAAGAGGUUCGAUGUUGAUCCGUAACUUGUUUCGCAGAAGUUGCAUUUAUAGCCACGGUUUUAACUAGGUCAUUCCGCUGGAAAAUGCGUACUGUAUUUCGGAAUAAUAAUGAUGUAGGAGCAAAAACUUGAUAUUUUCUUUGCAAAGAUUAGUUUUCCUUCUUUUUCUCCGUAUCACAGGAAAAAGUGAUGUGAUUUUCGCGUAUGAGUCUAUUCUCGUGAUAACUCUUGCCUGAAGCUUGUGAAUUUUAGGGAUUUUUUUCUCGGAAAGAGCACCGAAUGACUUCGCGUUUAUGCUAUGCGAACAAAUUAUGAGUAGUUGAAUGGUGCAAAUGCAGUGGUCUCACGAACAUAAGCAAGCAAAAAAUAAAUUUCUGCGUUUGGCGAUUUACGGAGUUGGUACCGAGAUGUGAAGUGUAGUUUGCUCAUGUUAUGUAAACUGAAGGCUGAGCUGUGAAAAUGAGUCUUUGGCUGUUCCUGAACUUUGCGAGAAUGAUCGGCAUUUGCAUACAAUUUUUCAAAUCAGCGAAUGGGAAAGAAUGGAUUAUUUGUGUGCGAACGCAAGAGCUUGAUGUCUGCUUGGCAAUAUUUUGAAAUAUAACAUGCGCUACUUUUAAUUCGA